GGAUGGCUGGCUUGUGUCUCAGACGCCACACAGGGAACCAACGCGAGCGUGUCGGACGACGUACGGCGCAGAGGGCCACCAUGACCCCUGCGGUGACCCCGGAGACAAGACCUCCACCCCCCCACCGGACUGCUAAUAAUCGGGCGUGUGCCGCAUCUACAGGAUGAUUGACAGCUGCUCCUCCUGAACCCCAGGAUGCCUGUGGUGCCAGUGGGCGGGGCAUCCUCCUCCCACCACGUCGUACCCGUCGCCCUCACCUGCUGCUGGCUGCUCCUGCUCUUCCACGCCGCCUUUGGUCAGAAACCCGCCAAGCUGCCUCUGAUUGGCCGGAAGCCCUUCAUCGCCGCCUGGAACGCCCCUCUGGACAUGUGCACCAUCAAGUACAACGUCACCACCAACGCCAACCGCCUCUUCCACAUCAACGGCAGCCCGCGCGCCAACUGGACGGGCCAGAACGUCACCAUCUUCUACGCCAACCGGCUGGGCUACUACCCCCACUACACGCCGCAGGGCGCCGCUGUGCACGGCGGCCUGCCACAGAACAGCAGCCUGGACCUGCACCUUUUCAAGGCCUACCAGGACAUCAACCACUUCAUCCCCUCGGAGGACUUCCGCGGCCUGGCCGUGAUCGACUGGGAAUUCUGGCGGCCUCAGUGGAGCCGUAACUGGCACAAGAAGGACAUCUACCGCCGCAAGUCCAGGGAGCUGACCGCCAAGGCGUACGUCAACGUGACGGCGGCGCAGGUGGAAGAGCUGGCACGGCGGCGGUUUGAGAAGAGCGCCAAGGCGUUCAUGCAGAGGACUAUCCAGUUGGGGACACGCCUUCGCCCCAACGGGCUCUGGGGUUUCUACCUAUACCCGGACUGCCACAACUACAACCUGCACGAGGAGAACUACACGGGCUUCUGCCCUCUGCUGGAGAGGCUGAGGAACGACGAGCUGAUGUGGCUGUGGAACAGCAGCACGGCGCUCUUCCCCUCCGUGGCCAUCAGGAAGAGUCACACCAACAGCAUCGGCAACCUGCACUUCUCCCAGCACAGGAUCCGAGAGUCGCUUCGCAUCGCCUCGCUGACCUCCAGGGAGUACGACCUCCCCACCUACGUGUACCUGAGGCUGGGCUACCGAGACGAGGCCCUGGCCUUCCUCACCAUGAAAGACUUGAUCCACACCAUCGGAGAGAGUGCUGCUCUGGGAGCGGCGGGAUUCGUCAUCUGGGGCGACCUGAACCUGACCUCGUCCAGGCAUAACUGCACCAAGGUGAAAGCCUUCCUGAGCCACCGCCUGGGCCAGUACAUCACCAACGUGACGCGAGCCGCCGAGGUCUGCAGCGACUUCCUGUGCCAGGGCAAUGGCCGCUGCGUCCGCCGGGACCCGCUCGCCCGCCACUACCUUCACCUGAGCGCCGACAGCUACCACAUCCGGCCCUCCGGCGACGAGGACUUCGCCGUCACCGGGUGGCACUCGCAGCACGAGCUGCAGCUGCUGGCAGAGAGGUUUCGCUGCCACUGCUACGAGGGCCACGAGGGCGAGCGCUGCGACAGCAUCAACAAAGUGAGGGAGGACGACGGGCCGUGGGGUGGGGGGGAGGAAGAGGACGAGCAGGAGAGGCGGAGGACGGAGUGGGAGGACGAGCAGGGUGAACGGUGGGAGGGAGGGCAGAGUGAGGCGCCGCUGACCGGCUGCAGCUUCCACCUCUUGUUGCUGAUGCUCCUGUUGAACUUAUCGUUGGGGACGCGGUCGUAUGAUGCACUCUGACAAAACAAAUAUUGUUAAACACAGCUGUGUACAGAUGUUACCUUUCAACACACAGAAUGAGGAUUUGAGCCCAGGAUGUUACUGUUUCAGCUGGUGCACCACCAGCACCACCCUCUUUAAGAGACCAAACAUUGAGCAUUAUCAGUAAAUCUAAACCAUUUGUCCCCGUUUCCAGACCCCUGAAUCACAUAGUUCUGGUGUUGUGCUCAUAACAGCGGUUUCGUCCGUUUACGUCACUCCGGGCUUCUUCUUUAGAGAAACUUCAGCUGAUCGACACACAUCAACACUCAGCUGAGGUCGCUGCUGAGCGGAAGAAAGACAUUUUAAAUGAACGGGGGGGUCAAUGUGAAAUGAAAACAGCUGCUGUGUUGAAAAAUAACGCGUUUAAAACAAAACAAAACAUGGCACUUCCUUUUAGAGCAGUGUGAUGGCACUUUACCCCGACACACACACACACACACACACACACACACAGGGAUGUUCACAGUUCAACCAGCUGAACUGUAUUUGACAGUCUGCACUGCCUCUUCACCCAACAAUGCAUAUCUUCUCCCAGGAAUGUUAGGUAGUAAAUGAAUACGCUGUUUGUUAAACUGUGGACUGAGUCAACAUCCAGCAGAGGAGCUGAGGAUCGGAGUGAAGGGAUCAUGUUUGUUUCUUAGGAGCUAAAAGGGUUUGCGUGUUGGGAUCGGUCUCGCUGGAGGAUGAUCCUCUGUUUUGUGGAGACGCAACAACAAACCAAAAAAGGGUGCUACUGUCCCACAAAAUAAUCUCUCCUAUUUCACACUUGGUCUGUGGUGCUUCUGAAGACAUAUUUCUGAUGGCAUGUUUUAACAAUAAGCUGUUAUUUCACUUGGCAUUAUACAUGAAGUGUGUAUUGUUUUUGUGCAUUAUACUCUUGUACGUAUUUUAUGUCAGAAAACGAGUCUGUUAGGACACGCCGUGCACGUGUUGUAGGUGCUAUCGACAACAUAUUAUAUAUCUGUAUCCUUUCUAUAUAGAUAUCAGUGUAGAGGAUCAGGUUUGUUUUACUCUAUAGAGGUUGAUGUUACUAUAUCUCAGUCCAGAGGAAUCAAAUCAACAGACUGUAGGUUUGUGUAUAAUACACUGAACAGGAUGUAAAAGACGACACAUACCGUACCUGAAUGUGACGGUGGCUCUCUGCGGUUCCACUGUUUUUCAACGCCCACUUUGCACCACAGAAGAAUCAUCUGGUGCAAAGUUUUGAGAGAAUAUGAAAAAGAAAGCUGACUAAUGCUGACUGAAUGCAGGUUAGUUUGAUAACUAGGUGAUGCUAAAGUUCGGAGAACUAUUUACACUCAAUGUUUGUUUUCUUCCCCAUUUCUGGAGCUUUCAAUCUUCCUCAUCAGCUUCAGAUGCUUGAACUGGAUCAGAAUUUAAACAACAUGCCUUUUCUAAACCCGGUAUCGCCAUCCUGUUCAGUUCACAGACUUUUGGACUGAACGUCUCCUAAAGAAUUAUGUCCUCAAACAACUAAACUGCAUCCUCAUCUACAUUUUGAGGGAAACCUUUUUAUCUCCUGGAAUCCGGUCACAGUUUAAGACGUUAAGUUAGUUAACGUUGUAAAUUGAAACAAAAGUGCUUCAUUAGGUUUGGUUAAACAUCAGGGUUUGGCUUAAAAUAAAAGUAAAAAUGUCCCAAACCCGUCAUGGACUUUGAUUAGAAAUGUAUUUGUGAAACGUUUCUUUCUGCAAACCACGAAUACGAUGAAUGUGACAUAGUUUAAAAUUAAAUGUAAAUCCAACCAAUAGCUCUUGAAACAUUUCAGAGAAAACCACAAAUGUCAACCUCAUGGUGGCGCUAUAGGAAAAGACAGGAACACCGAAGUCAGUAGGGUUCAUCCUCUGGGAACAAUAAACGUCUGCACAAAAAUGUUGUAUUGUACAUUUUCACAUAUGGUCAGAGUAAGUUACGUUGUGCUACUCGCGCCUAUUGAAAGUUAUGUGGUUUAAUAACAAGACAGACCACUAAGACACGGGCGGGUCAAAUGAAAACAGAGGACUUUCACACAGGAGACCGCUGUUCAUGUCCCAUAUGAAACCAAAAGUCAACGUUUACUUUACAUUUGUUCAGCAAUGUUGUUACGGAACAUUACGAAAGACAGUUCACUAUCGACGGCUAUUUAUUUACACUAGUUACGUUGUUACACUUGUUACCGUACGUUGUUGCAUUAUUAUUUUAACAGUAACCCUGAUCUUUUUCUGAAGUAGUUUUGAUGCCUAAACCUAACCAAUUGUUUCACACUUAACUGCGUGUCAUUGUGAGUUUCUGCCAGCGUGAUACACGGCUGAUCUGAAAGAUAUUUUGGGUUUGGAAACAUGGACUUUCAACAUAUCUGCGGUUUGUACAGACGCAUAACGCCUAAAACUGUUCUGGCGGCUCGGUUGUCUUUCACCGUAAGAUGGUUGAUUUUUUUUUCUGUGGCAGCUGCACACAAAUAUCUCAAUAAUAUUUGUUAAAAAGGCCUCGAGAGAAACUGACUGGAACUGGAUAACUGUUUAUAACACAGAGAGCAUUAUAACUCAAACCACAUCCAGAGCAGAGGUGGACCUGAAACCUGGUUUGGGGUCUGUUGUGUUUCUGGUCUUUGAAGUUAAACAUGUAGCAUCCGUCGCACAUCUCUGUCACACUGAUCCUGGUUGAAACUGAAUCUGUACAUUCAUCUCAAAACCAGCCUUCAGGUGAAGCCCGGGUCUCAUGAUGCAGUAACUGUUUCCUGCACUUUGUAUUGUAAUUUUUUUCUUCUGAAGAUUGUAAACCAAAUAUGCAACAAGGACUAUGCAACACAUGCAAAAUGUUACCUGAAUGUAAAUGCACUGCAAAUAAAGACUUCUCUUCA